AAUCAAACUCGUUCAAAUAAAAAUUCCGGGCAUAACUAGGGUUGCCAAGCGAUAGAACUGUGCUCUAUAUAGGGAACUUGCAGACCUCCCCCUUGAUUCAUAGAUGCCAUCGACUUCAAUUUCUUUAUCUUGGAUCCAAGAAAAUAAAGAGUCAUGGCGAACUCUGUCCCGAUCGACCUGUCGGGAGGCCUCGGACCUGACGUACUCGCGUGUACUAUUAUUCAUUGCGUCUUCGCUAUCGUUGCUGUUGCCCUGCGGGCUUGGGUCAGAAUUAAGAGCGGUGCGAUCGGGAAAGAUGACUACUUGAUGUUCAUCGCUCUCAUAGUCUACAUUGCGUGCUGUAUCUUCACAUUUGGCGGGUGUUUUUCGGGCCUAGGCUCAACCGACCAAAUCGUAACGGCGUUCGAUCCCACGGGAAAGACAUAUAAUAACGGAUUAAAAUGGUUCUUCCUCUUCCUAGCAACGUAUAUGGUGUGUCAUCCAUUUAUCAAACUCAGCAUCUGCGUCGCUCUCUUGCGCAUCUCUAGGGCUAAGCGCUUCGUCAUCCCCUUAUGGAUUAUCAUAUUCCUCAGCAUCUUCACAUCCCUCUUGGGGUUGGGAGCUGUAUUGGAUCAAUGUCAUCCCAUUGCCGCUAACUGGGAGCCGUCUGUCGGCGAGUGCACUAAAGGCGUACAGUCUAGCAAAAUAGUUGUUGCGGUUUCGGCAAUAUCCAUCAUUAUUGACUGGUCUUGCGCUAUCCUUCCGGCACUCCUCCUUUGGAAUCUGAAUAUGAGGUUGAAGACUAAGGUCUCCCUUGCCUUCAUCCUCGCCCUUGGUGCAUUAGCUAGCAUUUCUACUUGUAUUCGGUUUCCUUAUAUACGAAAUUUUUCAAGCCCCUAUGAUCACGGCGAUAACCUCCGUCGAGCCGCAAAUAUCACUAUCUGGUCCAUCGUCGAGUGCGGCAUAGGUAUCAUCGCCGGCUCUCUUCCGCCCCUCCAACCACUAUUCAGAAGAUUUGGGUUCGGAAUCGGUGCCACAAGGGUAAAACUAACCGAUGGGAAUAUGCCGAGGGACCACGUAAUGAGCAGCUUCCAUCGCAGAAAUUUCACUCCCACCACCCCUGAGGCCACCGCUCAACGCACCCGUCAUAGUAGCGUGGAUAGGGGUAACUGGUUGGUAACAACGAAAUGCGAGGGAGGUCGACCGCGAGAGGAGUGGUGGGAUCAAUACACAAUGGUCGAUGACGAUGCUACGAGCCAAAAACUCAUUAUUUUAAAGAAUACCCAAAUAGAUAUCGAGUACGGUGCGGCGGAUCCGGCGCCGGCGAUCGGGUCGGAGAGGUAGAGGAAUCGGGUAUGGAUGUUUAUUGGCCGCCGGAUAUAAAUUAUAAUGUGCAUAGACAGGCUUCGCGAUGUACCUAUUGGUCUGGGCAUAAAUCAGGGUCCGGACACGCGAUUGGUUACGUGCUUACUGAUGAUAUAUGCAUGCUGGAGUUAUGAACAGGUUUCAGUCUUUUGGUUACCAUUUAAUUCUAGUGAUCGCUUGCUCAAACGGGUAGAGAGCAUGUGUAUAAUUCCAGCCUCGGUACCUUU